UCUGUUCGACUAGAUUCACUUGUAGAGCUGCGUUCGGAAAUAUCACUUGAGUGCCUUUGUGUUUUAUCCUUGUUGUUUACCCAAUGUUAAAUAAGGAUAAAGUGAUAUACAGAAGCACCUGGGUGAUAUUUCCGAACGCAGCUUGUGUGAAGUGUGUUUUGAAACAAGAAGAUGUAAAUGUGUCAUCCGUCGUCCCCUGUUCGUGCAGAUGUAAUGGAUGUAACGGGUAAUGUCGAGUAAAAUGAAACGGUAUGUCCCAUUCGACGCAACUUUUUAGCGGGCUCAUCCUUCUGUCUGUGAUCGCGUUGUGCAAUGGCGUGGACGCGUACGAGAUUGACUGCAGUAACUUGCGAAUGGGACAGUAUAUUUGUCCUCAUCCUGAUUAUGAUUUCAUAGAUCCAAAGACGCAGCAACCCCGCGGCUGCACCAAGGAAAACAAGGCCAAAGUGCUAUGUUUAGCUGCUGAUGGCCUUAUUUGUACAGAAACUAAGAAUAACACUUUUAAGAAGGAUAUAUCUUGCAAAUGGACAAAUGGAUAUUCAUUUGAGACAUCAUUACUGCUAUCGAUAUUUCUUGGUAUGUUCGGCAUAGAUCGAUUUUACCUUGGAUAUCCAGCUCUAGGUUUGCUCAAGUUGAGCACGUUGGGAUUUCUUUUUCUUGGCCAGUUCGCCGAUGUGAUUCUGAUAGCUACGCAAAUCGUAGGACCGGCGGACGGUUCACACUACGUGAUGCCAUAUUAUGGUGCCGGAAUUAACAUCAUAAGGAGCAACAAUUUUACAUACAGAGUACCACAAUAUGAUUGCUGAGAGAAAAUAGCAUAUUCAAAGCAAAUUGUAAAUGAUGACUUUUCUAUACACACACAUACACACACACAUGCGCGCGCGCGUGUGUGUGUGUAUGUGUGUGUGAUAUGUGUAUAAUUGUAUACUAACCUUUGCUUUCAUCAAGCAACAGUUGC